AUGGGUACAAACCCAGGCAACGGAGCAGUUCAAGGUCAAGGAGGCGGUGAUAUGUCGGCCAUGAUGCAGUCUAACCAGGCUAAUGGCCCUCAUGCCACGGAAUACACAUUGCAAGGUGUUAUGCGCUUCCUCCAAACGGAGUGGCACAGGCACGAACGCGAUCGCAAUGCAUGGGACAUUGAGAAGCAGGAGAUGAAGAGCAGGAUAGCGGCCCUCGAGGGUGCGGCGCGGAGAUCAGAUGCUACUCAAAAGGCUCUCAAGAAAUAUGUAACGAUCCUGGAGCAGAAGGUCAAGCAGCAGGCUGCCCAGCUCAAGGGUGAAAACGAUGCAACCAGCGAUACCCAGGGAUCAGCCUCUGAGAGAGAAAAGCGCGAAGCUCUGCUCAAGGAACACCUCGAAACUUCGCAGAGACGUGCAGGGAACCAGAAUUCCGAUAUCCCGACCGAAACCGAUAUUAACCGGUCUGAACUGAAAACCUUCCUUGACCAAUGCCAGUCCGAGUUUACAUAUCUAAUGAUCACACCCGCGAAUCCCAUUCCUCCUCGGGAAUCCCCGCCGCCGCCAAUGCUGGAUGAGCUUCCUCCGGAAGCGGGCUCAUUUGGUCUCCCUGCGGGACAGCAGGUUCUUGAGCAGUCAUACGCCCAUCAGCCCCUUCGCCAGACUCAAAAUCACGUUCGCGAAAUAAAUCCCCGGCCAGCGCCCUCUCCUGCCCUCAACCACCAUGCGCCCCCUCCAAUGCACCCCGCGGCCCAGACGGGAGUUUUCGUUAAGGGCACCGAGAUGCAGGCAGCCCCGGUCGUGCGCUCCAGUGCCGAGAUGCAGCCGCUGUUUGGUGGCGCCGCCCAAGAGUGGCCCCCCUCGAACAAUGCACCUCCUAACCGGCCACCCGAGGAAAAUUUGGCAGAGUUGAGCGCUCAACCCAAGCCCUCUGCUCGGCAGCCAGAGUCUAGCCUCGAAAAUGCCGAGAAAAGGUUUGGCGAGGGCGAUGGAGGUUGGGAUUUCAGCGACGCAUCGUUCACCGAGCCCCAAACCCAGCCGCAACAAGCUCAACAGCAGAUUCCGCCGACUUCGAACCGACCGGACACUGACGUGUUUCCUAACGCCGACAGCAUUCCGAAAUCACCUAACCGCGGUCCCAAUAAUACGCACCGAAGGAAGAGUAGCAUGAGUAGGAGAAGAAGCUCGGAACAAGAGCUUUCGCUCAACGCAUUGGCUCAGAAGGCUGAGAGCGGAAGCUUCAAGCUACGUUUUGGACUUCGUGGUCAUCUCAACACUGUCAGGACUGUUAUAUUCUCUGGUGGUGGUAGUCCGGGCGAGCCCGAGAUAUGCACCGCUGGCGAUGAUGGCUUGAUCAAACGGUUCCACAUCCCCCGUCUCCCUCACACGGGUAACAGUGCAGCAUCAGAUCUCGAUGUCCAGGCAGACUUUACGCAUCGCGGCCACCACGGAGCUGUCCUGUCACUGGCAGCAUGGGCUCCUUCGCCCAACUUCUCUACUGGAGGCCGGGCCCAGGGCGACGGUUGGAUAUUCUCAGGCGGCCAGGACUCGAUGAUUAGAGUUUGGGAACGGGGCCGAGUUGACCCCAAGGCAAGCCUGGACGGCCACACGGAUGCGGUUUGGGCACUCUGUGUACUACCUGCUACCCUGGGUGCCAUAUUCGGCAACGCCAACCCAUAUGGCAGUCCAGAUAGGAUUUUGCUUGCUUCCGGUGCCGCAGAUGGGACAGUACGCCUGUGGGCUGUCAGUGCGCCCCCGCAGAUGACCUCUCCGCAGCCGGGUCCACCAGGUCGCAGAGUUGGCGGUGGUAGUGGCCGUGUCCGAGGCAACUCGAUGAGCAGUGGUUCGGCAUUCCCGUCCUCCCCGCAGCCAUCAGUUGCUACCAAUAGCCCAUUCCAUCAUACUCUUAUUCACAGCAUCACGAGGGCCGACAGUCCUGGUGCGAGCCCGACUUGCAUCACCACGUUGGGGCGGAACGGAGAGGCAUUUGUCGUAAGCUAUUCUGACGCGGCAAUCAUUGUGUACGACACUCGCACAGGUGAGGAGAUUGGCUGCAUGGCCAGCCUCGAAACCUAUGAUGGGACACCCAAGACGAGCGUCAAUGCCGUGGUGGCUACGACGGUCGGCCUUGACCAGCCACAAGCGGGUGAGGACGAAAGCGGCAGCGGCAGUGGAUCAGGCGGCAGCAGUGGCGGACCAACGGGCGGUGGCCGAUCCAUGGCAGGUUCCGGGGUUGAGGGCGUCAUAAUCUCGGGGCAUGAAGAUCAGUUUGUGCGAUUCUUCGAUGCCAACAGUGGCCAAUGUACAUAUAACAUGCUUGCGCACCCGGCCUCCAUCUCGAGCCUCUCGCUCAGCCCUAACGGUCAAGAACUGGUUAGCGCUGGUCACGACGCAUCGUUGCGCUUCUGGAGUCUCGAAAAGCGCUCAUGUACACAAGAAAUCACGAGUCACCGGAUAAUGCGCGGCGAAGGUGUCUGCGACGUCGUCUGGAGCUCGGACGGCAAGUGGGUCGUCAGCGGAGGUGGCGACGGCGUAGUUAAGGAAGGGCAUGAACCUUGGAAGCGUGAUAGGAGGAUUACGGGGUCGCACGAUCGUGUUGCCACCGACGACAAUAAUAUCGACGUCACGGCUAGUAUGAGAGAGGUUAGAAAGGGCAAGCAAGUUGUUCGGAAGAGGGAAUUGUGGGAUGGAUUGAAUGAUGAUGACAACCAGGAAUUGAUGGGAAGGCAGGCUGCUGCGACUAUGAAACCACCUGAGCUCAAGCGUAUGCAUGGAAGCCCCUCUUUUGAAUCCUUCCAACAACUGAGAGAAAGGCGGAGGUGGCAUGCACCAUUCUCAUCUCCAGUAUCCGUGGGUGAGCAGUCUGCAGAGCUUCAUCAUCAAGACCUCGACUUCGCAGACCUGGACAAUAUCCCGAGCGCAUUAAUGUCAACGGCUUUUGAAAGCAGCUCGACUAGCUACUUGGGUAUCUCCAACACCAUGGAUCCGGCUUUUAUAGUGCCAAGGUCAUUUCUGGCUUCUAGGUCGAGGUCGAUGCCGCAAAGAGCUGUAUCGACCUCCUCUCGAGUUUGUGAGGAUGAGGAAGAGGAAGAGGAAGAAUUUAUGGAUGGCCGUGGUAAUGAUGCCCAGUAA